GUGACGAUGUCGGAAAAGAUCCUUGUGACGGGCGGAGCCGGCUACAUCGGGAGCCACUGCGUUCUGGAACUGGCUGAGGCCGGAUACACCCCUGUGGUCCUUGACAAUUUCCACAAUGCCAUCCGAGGGGGCAGCACGGUCCCCGAGAGUAUUCAGCGGGUGGAGGAGAUCGUGGGCAAGAAGAUCCCAUUCCAGGAACUGGAUGUCCUCGAUGAGGCAGGUCUCCACAACCUCUUCAAGAAGCACAAUUUCUCUGCCGUGAUGCAUUUUGCAGGCCUCAAGGCUGUGGGAGAGUCUGUCCAGAUGCCGCUGGAAUAUUACAAAGUGAACCUGACUGGGACCAUCCGAUUGCUGGAGGCCAUGAAAGAGCACGGGGUCAAGAACAUUGUGUUCAGCAGCUCAGCCACAGUAUACGGGGACCCGGCCUACCUCCCCCUUGACGAAAACCACCCUGUGGGAGGCUGCACAAACCCUUAUGGGAAAUCCAAGUAUUUCAUCGAGGAGAUGAUCCGAGACUUGUGCAAAGCAGAGCCGGACUGGAACGCGGUUCUCCUGCGAUACUUCAACCCCAUUGGAGCCCACGAGUCGGGGAGGAUUGGCGAGGACCCCCAGGGCACCCCAAACAACCUGAUGCCCUACGUUGCUCAGGUGGCUGUGGGGCGCCGAGAGUACCUGAGUGUAUUUGGGGAUGACUAUGAUACAGUGGAUGGGACUGGCGUCCGGGAUUACAUCCACGUGGUGGACCUGGCCAAAGGCCACAUUGCGGCUUUGAAGAAGCUCAAGGAGAACUGUGGCUGCAAGAUAUACAACCUUGGAACCGGCACCGGCUGCUCAGUCCUGCAAAUGGUGAAGGCAAUGGAGAAGGCGUCGGGAAGAGAGAUAAACUACAAGAUUGUUGCACGUCGGGAAGGAGACAUCGCCUCCUGUUACGCCAACCCUGCCCUAGCUGAACGGGAGCUGGGCUGGAAAGCUGUUUUUGGCCUGGACAAAAUGUGUGAGGACUUGUGGAGGUGGCAGUCACAGAACCCCACUGGCUACAGCAAGAACUAGCGCCUGGAAGAUGUUGCCUGUCCUCCCCAGUGCGUGGCUGCCAUGACCCAAGGACAGUUCCAAGGGCUGUUUUGCAUUUCACUCAGGGAAGAUGGUGGUUCCUGCUCGUUCCUUCCCCUGCCCUUCUUCUCCCUUUUCAUAAGAGACCAAAUAGACUCAGGAAGGGGAAGAUUAUCUUGGCCUUUUGCUGUACCCAUUUCUUUAACUCUCUUGUGCCUUCUCCCUGAACCUUCUCUGCCAGCCAGGUUGGUACCAAACAGGGAGCAAGGAGCUCUGACCCUCCCAUUGAGUGGGAAGACUGACAAAUAAAAAGUGUCAAUGGGAGCCCAUGGAGGAUGUCAAGCUCCCCUCACUGGGGACAAACUUGGUUUCUUUGGUUUUAAAGAGUCCACCCUCUGCUGCCAGGUUCUUGAGAUGUCCUGAUGGAUGCAGGCUGCUCCAUGAGGUUCUGAGCUGUGGGAAGAGGCUGCAUGGAGGUACAAGUGUUAAAAUGUAGUUGGAAAACGACAGCUAGGUCCAUGGAGCCUUGUCGUUUGCUCCCUGGCUUCCCAUUUCUAAAUUGUAAUGCCGUCUGUAAAUCAGAGGUGGGGAACCUGUGGCCCUUUGGAUGUGGCUGCACUACAGCUCAUCAUCAUCCUGGACCACUGGCUGUGCUGGGAGUUAGCCGUCCAGCAGGUUCACUAAUACCGAUGUGACAAAGCAGUAGCAGGAGAGAAGUACACCAACUCUUUGGCAGGUGAACUUUCAGGCUUAUAGUUUGGUGCAGCUUUGAGGCCAUGCUAGGUCAAGUGACCCUUUGCAGGGUGGUCCACAGACUGCCAGGCGUCACUGAGGCCGUGAGGCUGGGAUGAAAAUCAAGAGAGGAGAAAGAGGGGCGUCAGUUCCGAGGGCAUGUCUACCACUGUGGGAAAAUGUGCUUUUCAGAUUAGAUCAAGGGGUGCCCCCCCAGAAAGCUUUGGACAGCAACUCCUAUCAUUCCCGAGUAUCGGCUGUGCUGCCUGGAGCUGAAGUCCACAACAGCUGGAUGCCACCAGGAUAGGGAAAUCUGGUUUGCACUGUUACUCUUCAACAGGGCAAGGGGCUGCUCCUAAGCAAACUUGGAGGGGACAAAUACUGCAGCUGAAUAGGAAUGUAGUAACCUUUUGAAGUAUCUUCUAGCAGACAGAGGCUAAGCAAAUGGUCGCUGUAAAGGUCAAGCCCAAACUAUAAUUAAUGCUGGCUUUAGGGCUGUAGCUGCAGUGGAUGCGGAAGGAGGUGGAAUCCCAGCGUGAACUGCACUAGAUAAUGAGGCAAAUAGCUGACCUCUCAUUAAGCAUAAUUGCGCUUGUGUAGCCCCAUAAAAACCAGAAUCCAGAGAGUCCUGUAAAAUUCAGAGCUGGCUACAAUAUUGCUAUUACUCUUCCCCUAGGGUGAAGAUGAGUGCCAAGGACUCACAGAAUGGCCCUUUCUUGCAGAGUUUUGGUGAGAAGCGGGCCGAUCCGGUGGCAGUGGAAGUGAGGGGCAGGCAGUGUAUGGUGGUGGAGCAGGGCAGGGGACAGCACAUUCACGUUUUAAUUCAGGUGCGCCACAGAAUGGGCCACUCCUAGUUCAUUGAGCUUAGGCUGUGUGGCAUAGGGGCCAGAUCCCUAACUGGAGGGGGGGGGGAAGCACUUCCUAAGCUCCUCUUUGGUGUUCAUUGUAACUGUGACAGUUGAUGCAAAAAUCCGUUCAUUUAUUUGGUCAAGUAGAGACACAGGCUGUGGUCAGCCUGGAAACUCAAAAGCCUAGUCUUGCACCAGCUAGCUCAGCUCAUCAUCACACUUGGAUUUCUUUGCAAUUGCCCUCCUGCAAUGCCUGAUGAUCAGUGUACCAUCCCUACUACCAGAGAUCAGCCUUCCUCUUUCUAUAUUUUAAUGUAUUCUGAGGCAGGACAUGUUUUCCUAAACCAGCCACAUUUCUUGUCCCCAUUGGAACCAAUUAUUUUGGCCUCUCUAGUGAUCAUCCACCAGAAGUUUAUAAGUAGCAAUCUCUGAAGCAUUAUGAAAUUUUUUGGUGGUGUACGGAUUAAAGAAGAAAAGAAACCAGUUGCAAAAAUGGAGCAUCAGCUAGGAUUUGCUUGGUGGAAUAAGUUCCCCUUUCUGGUCUGCCUUUAUCUGUUACAACUAACUCGAAUUCACACAGCAGUUUCUGUCGCAGCCAAAUCAAAAUCCUGCUGCAGUCAUCUUGCAGCAGAUAAAUUACUCCAGUAGCAAAGUUGUGUGUAGCUCCUGCAGUGGAAAGCCAGAUUGUGCACUUAGAAGAAAUUGUGUAUAUAGCAGCUUUCACGAGUACGGAAUGUUUUAUUAGUGUAUAACUUGAGGGCAGAAAGCUUUGAGGGAAAGACCUCUACCUGAUUGACUGGAGCAAUGUCCUUCAACCAUGGCUCCCUAUCCCUUGUUGUAUCACAGCUCACAUAAUCCACAGCAAGCAUAGUUAAUAGUCAGGGAUAAUGGGAGAUGCAGCCCCAGAUGUUGGAUUACAAAAUCAAAGAACUAGAGAUUACUCUUUCUACCCUUCUGAUCUAUUUGUGUCUCUCUGUUGCAGUGCUAUUGUUGCCAUUGUGUUCCUUCCAUCUUAAAAAGGACUAAAUACUUGA